AUGGAGAAAAUGAUCAGGUUGUACCCUGAUUUUGAUGCAAAUAAGACCCAGAGUUCUUCUUCCCUCGUGGACAAGCAUUAUCAAGAAGAUAACCUCUCACGGAUCAUCGACGUGUGUUCAGGCGUUGGUGUACAUGGUGUUCAGCUAACGGAAACUUGUAGCACGGACACUGGUGUCCAGAAGAUAUUUCCCAGCGAUCAGAUGCCCCAUAUGCGGAGCCUCCUCAAGUCCGUUAGAGAUGUUCUUGGGAGGGUCUACCUGAGAAUCAAAUCCGACGCUGAACGACUACAACAAUUGAAAGACGAAGUCAACCGCUCGAAAGCGAACUGCCGUUACUUACAGUGUGGUAUUAAACACGAGCUGAGGAAGAGAGGAGAGGAACGAAAACGAAGUAAAUCAAAAAGGGAACACGUACGCAGCGAAUGGGCAGGGCGUCUCUCCGAGUUGCGGGAUAAAUUGGACGCAGUUGAACGAGAUUAUUCAUCUGCGAGGAAAGAAAGCGAAAUACUAGCAUUGAGCGUGCGGAAUGUCGAGCGGGACAUGAUGAUGUGGCGCAAAACUGCCAGCAAGUACAAGAAAAAGUAUCAUGCCCAGAAAACCAUGGCGAUGGUGGCACCUCCAGAUGAAAAGUCUGAAGACUCUCUAGAGAUUGUUUGUUAG